UUCCCCGGCCGACUCCGGGCUCGAGCAGCCCCGGGCCCGUUCCUGAGCUCCUCCCUCCCGGGCGCACCGAGGACCGCUGCUGACUUGUCUCCAGAGCCGAGCGGGGACCCGGCGGGGGCCGCUGUGGCUGAAAUGUGCUGCGAGAAGUGGAGCCGCGUGGCUGAGAUGCUUCUGUUCAUUGAAGGCCGGGAGGAGGACUGUCGGGUCCUCUGCCUGUGCUCCCGGGCGUUCGUGGAGGAUCGAAAAUUGUGCAAACUGGGAUUGAAAGGCUACUAUGUCAAAGGCAAUGGCAAUAAUACAGGAGACCAAACUACAGAAGAGGAGGAAGAUGGUCAUUCCCAUGACACUAUAAAAUUAUGCAACAAUGAAGACAGAGGUCCAGAUGGAAGUGAACUCGAUUCCGAGGCCGAACUCAUGAGAAGUAUGGGAUUGCCACUUCAGUUUGGUGGAGUAUCUGCACAUAAGAAUUUCGAGGUGUCUAUGAAUACUAGAAAUAAGGUUAAAGUGAAAAAGAAAAAGCGAAAACCUCAAAAGAGGUACUUGGAAGAAAUUAUACAAGAAUCUUGGAGAGAAAACUGUGAAGAAGAUGAUGUUUUAGUCUCAGAUGACCCUUCUUCAGUUGAACAGUUUGAGGACACUAGAACAUGUGAAUCUCAAAGCAAAAAGGACACUGAACCUGAAAAUCCUGUUGAACAGACAUCUCCAAAGCUAGAGGUUACAGAAAAAUGGGAAAAGUAUUGGAAUGAAUAUGGAGGAGGUCUGUUAUGGCAAAGCUGGCAGGAAAAGCAUCCAGAUCAGACAGUGUCUUCUGAACCUUGGAACUUUCCUGACACAAAGGAGGAAUGGGAGCAGCAUUACAGUCAGCUUUAUUGGUAUUACUUGGAACAAUUUCAAUAUUGGGAAGCUAAGGGCUGGACUUUUGAUGCCUCACCAAGCUGUGAUACAGAUACUUGUGUGUCUCAAACAGAAGUAGACAAGAAUGAUGAAAAUCACGUGAAAGUAGACUUGACAGCUUCGUCUUCACCUAACAUGGUUGUUAAAGAAAGCUCAAGUGAUAAGGAUCACCAUGAAUUACUCGAUGGAAUCAGUAAUAUAACUCUGAAUUCAGAGGACAUGGGACAGAGACAGUUAGAAUCCUCUGGGCAGCUGAAUGAAGUUAGCAGCAGGAGAGAAUGCCCUGCUUCUGGCCGGAAUGAACCAUGUAAUGGAGCAAGCAAGGAAAGCAACUCAUCUGGAAAUAGCAGUCCAGACCAGCCAGAUCCAGAGCCACAGGAGUCUUUGGGGGCAAAUACAUGCAAAGACAGACCGCACACCAAUGGGACUGAUGGAGAUGAGAGUGAAGAAGAUCCACCUGAGCGUAAGUCCAGCAAACUUAAGAGGAGCCAUGAACUGGACAUCUAUGAAAACCCAGAUUCAGACCUUGAUGACAAUGGUUCACUCCUAGGAUUCAAACAUGGCUCAGGACAAAAGUAUGGUGAAAUUCCUAAUUUCAGUCAUCGGCAGGUCAGGUAUCUAGAGAAGAAUAUGAAACAGACAUCAAAGUACCUAGACAUGCGCAGACAAAUAAAGAUGAAAAACAAACACAUCUUCUUUACUGAAGAAUCAGAAAAACCAUCUUUUAAGAAAAGCAAAACUCUGAGUAAGGUAGAGAAAUUCCUGAAAUGGGUUAAUCAACCAGCAGAUGAGGAAACAUUACAAACAUCAUUUUCACAAGACCACUUGCAAGAUACUUGCACAAGCAGCGAAUCAGAACAAGACAUGCCUGCUUUUAAAGUUGAUGAUCCAGUAGAGACUAGAACUCCAGAACCUGGAAAAUGUCAAGCCAACACUUCUGUCGGGGAACUAGAAAUGGAAAAAAAAGAAGACAGCAUGGUAGCUACUGUCUUGGAGGAGCAGGAUUGUGUAACUGAAGAAACACCGGACUGUCCCCAGCUAGAAACUGAUACUGGAAUAAAGAAGAAAAAGAAGAAGAAAAACAAGAACAAAAAGAUAAAAGUACUGCCUCCUGAGAUAGCUUCUGUUCCUGAGCUGGCAAAAUACUGGGCCCAGAGAUACAGGCUUUUCUCCCGUUUUGAUGAUGGGAUUAAGUUGGACAGAGAAGGCUGGUUUUCAGUUACACCUGAGAAGAUUGCUGAACACAUUGCUGGCCGGGUCAGUCAGUCCUUCAGGUGUGACAUUAUAGUAGAUGCUUUCUGUGGAGUUGGAGGAAAUACCAUUCAGUUCGCCCUAACAGGAAAAAGAGUGAUUGCCAUUGAUAUUGACCCUGUGAAGAUUGAUCUUGCUCGUAAUAAUGCUGAGGUUUAUGGCAUAGCAGAUAAGAUAGAGUUCAUCUGUGGAGAUUUCCUGCUCCUGGCUCCCGGUUUAAGGGCUGACGUUGUGUUCCUGAGCCCACCAUGGGGAGGGCCAGAUUACGCCACUGCAGAGACCUUUGACAUUAGGACAAUGAUGUCUCCUGACGGCUUUGAAAUUUUCAGACUUUCCCAGAAGAUCACUAAUAAUAUUGUUUAUUUUCUUCCAAGGAAUGCUGAUGUGGACCAGGUGGCAUCCUUGGCUGGGCCUGGAGGGCAAGUGGAAAUAGAACAGAACUUUCUUAACAAUAAAUUGAAGACAAUCACUGCUUAUUUUGGUGAUCUGAUUCGAAGACCAGCUUCUGAAACCUAAAUAAGAGGCUAUAAGGGCAAAAAGAUUAUGUGGUAAUCAACAUUACCUGUAUGAGACUGAGGAAUGUCCACCUGUACUCAUUAACCCUUUAUUAUUUGUAUCUUAUGUUACCACAUGAUACGGAGACCUUCGUGAGUUGUAUUGAAUAUCAAUGAAGUGCUUUGACAUCUUUGGAGAACAUGAACUAUGAACCAUAUGUUACACGGCAGAAGAGGCAACUGUCUGAUAUGGAAAGAGGUGUUCCCUUGUGUUUAAUUUCAGUGUGUCUGUGUAGAUGUGUGUUUUUAUUUAUAACUAUAUUUUGUCUUAACAUCUUUGUUGUGUAUAUAUGUUUACAAAAAUACAAUAGUUUUUUAUUUGGGUUUUUGUGGGUGAUGGUGGUUGUAUUGUGCUUUUUUAGGUUUGGUUUGUUGUUUAUUUUUUUAUUCAGAGCCUCACACACAGCUUGCUUCCUUAGCUGACCCUGUACCCCAUGAGCCGUACCUCUAGCCUUACUCUUUGCUGAUUAAUUGGAGAUGGAAUCUUGAGCACUUUUGAAAGCCAAGUUGGCUUUCCACUGUGAUCUUCCAGAUACCAGUCUCCUAAGUAGCAGGAUUGGCAUGAGUCUCUGACUCCCUGCUAAGUAUUAUAGUUUUAAUGUAAAGAAAUAGAAAACAAUGAAUGAGUUGGAUUCUGUCCAUCCAUUUAACGCCUACUCUAAUAAUGUUAAAUAUUUAAUGCUAGAAAUGUAAAUAAUACAAAAUGGUUCAAAAAGAAAAGUCUUCCCCAAACUCCCUACACCUAAAGAUAAUCACAGCUAAUAAUAUUUAUAAUUCUUUGGAAGAACAGAAAAGAGUGACAUUAUACCCUAAAACAAAGUGUAAUUUUCCCCUUUUACUCAACAUGCUUUUUCCCCCCUUUAAUAUACUUUUUUUCAAGAGUACAUGUUUUUUCAUAUCAGUGUAUACAUGUCUUCUGCCUCACUCCUCAGUGGCUGUCUUGUGUUCCAUCUUGUGGCCGUGCCAUCAUGAACCAGCUUCCUCUUGAUGGAGCCAGCAUUCCCGCCUCUUCCGCGCCGGGCUUACUCGCAUACUGCGGAGCAGGUGCCCCCUUUGGUCUUUCCCAGCAGUUAGAUUGCAGGGGGGCCAAGGAGCAUACAUAAUAGUUUUGAUAGCUCUGGUUGAGACAUGCUUUUAUCUUACAGAGUUUAGUGUUUUUAAGAUUACUGUGGCAAAAUCAGUGUAAAAUAUAUUUUGUAAUAUACCAGUUUGUAUUCUUUUUUUAUUAAAUGGCAAUGAAAGGAGAAGGAAUAUGUGUGGUUUAAUUAUU